AUGCUCUUCCUGACCGUUCUAACAUUUGUGUUGAGUGCAGUUGGUGAGCUAACACCUCAACAAUAUAAUCUGCUUGAAGAGUUUAUUUCAGUUUGCACACAACAACAACAAUGCGCAAAUUCGAAAAUAUCUGAUGAAGUGCGCGCGGUGACCGAAGAUGAGCACAAUAAGCUGAGAUCAAUUCUUGCAUUCGGCCAUGCAAAAACAAAGGGUGGUGGUUUUGCACCGUCUGGAAAGAAUAUCUACAAGUUGGUUAGUGCUUGCACGAUUAAAUACAGCCGAGGGACACCUGUUCAAGAUCUACAAUGGGAGAGCCGAAAUGAGCAUUUGUGUUUCGUUUUAGAGAAGCUGAUGGAGUCCGCAAUGCAAUCAUGGUGGAAUGAGCUGAAAGAGUACGGCAUCUCGAAUGCGGAUAAUAUUAUGACUGUUGAGGUUUUCAAUCAAGGCGUUGGUCACUUCACACAGGUGCAUUUGCUUAUUAUCAUGGCUUGGGGCGAUACGACGAAAGUCGGUUGUGGCAUUGCGAGGAAUUGCGGUAAAGCUGGCGAGGGAUGGAAUUCGGCACUUGUUGUUUGUCAAUACUUGAAAGCUGGCAACUAUAUCAACGAGCCAAUCUAUGAACUGGGUGAUCCAUGCAAAGUGGACGCUGACUGUACGACUUUCUCGAACUCGGUCUGCUUGGCUUCCGAGGGACUGUGUGACAAAGAUGAAGGGAAUGAAAAAAGCAAGCUCAAGACAGCAAUCGCCGACUCGAGCAAAAUGCCUCCAUGUGUGAUACGAAUGCAUUGA